AAGCAGAGCUCAGUUGCAACUCAGCAUUCUGUCUGAGAACAUCACUGAAUAUUCGCGUAAUGAAGUCUUUUGGCUCAGUCGUCUUAGUGGUUUGUGGCGUUCUAUGCGUCGCUGCCGAUCCCCAACACACAUACGACGGUCGCGAUGGGCCCCAUGUAUUUGGAGCUCCUGGCAAUCAGGUAUAUAUACGCGGACAAAAUGAAGGCCCCUAUAGUGUGCCCGGAGUAGACGGCAAAUUUCAGAACACUCCAUCGCGGGGCGAACACGUCUAUACGGAUGGGAGUGGCAACACUUUUGUGAACCGAAAAAAUGCCGGAGGACCAGCUACGCACAGCAUUACCGGUCCUAGCUUUUCAGCUACAAAUGGACAGCAUAAAAUUGGUAAUGGAAACAUUGCUGACAAUGGCUUGCACGCCGGACGCCGUAACCGACGAGAGCCCCAAUUUCACGUUGAGCGUCCUGGCCGAACAGUAGAUGUCGGUCCGGGAGGAUUUGUUGUUCAACGUGGACGUCGCAGCCCACAACUACACGUUGAGCGUCCUGGCCGAACUGUAGAUGUUGGUCCCGGAGGCUAUGUUAUUCAACGUGGACGUCGCAGCCCACAACUACACGUUGAGCGUCCUGGCCGAACUGUAGAUGUUGGUCCCGGAGGAUAUGUUAUUCAACGUGGACGCCGCAGCCCACAACUUCACGUUGAGCGUCCUGGCCGAACUGUAGAUGUUGGUCCCGGAGGAUAUGUUAUUCAACGUGGACGCCGCGGCAUUAAUGAUGCUCGGGUGCAAGGAGAAAACUUUGUAGCCCGUGAUGAUCAGGCUGGCGUGUGGAACAAAAAAGUUUCAGUAUGGACGCGUCCGGAUGGACGCACUGUUUCUGUCGACCAAAACGGAAAUGCGAUUGUCUCAGGCCGAGGCCGACCUGCCCAGCAUUACUCCCGCUAGUUCAAUUGGAAUAUCCAACUUUAAAUACACAUUGAUACUUAAAUCAUACAAAUUUAUGAUAAACAAAUAAACAAAUUUAACUAAA